GUCCGGUGAUGGCUCUGUAGUCGUAGGGCCUGUAGUCGGGGGUCUUUUCCCGCGUCCGGGUUCGCCUUCCCCUGGCCUGGUUCUGGCCGCAUACCUGGCCCGUCACGCUCCGGGUGAGAAGACGGCGGCGAGCAGAGAGUCGCCGCCGCCAUGCACGACGCUUUCGAGUCCGUGCCGAUCCUAGAAAAGCUGCCUCUGCAGAUCGACUGUCUGGCUGCUUGGGAGGAAUGGCUUCUUGUUGGAACCAAACAAGGACAUCUUCUUCUGUAUAGGAUUCGGAAGGAUAUUGUGCCAGCAGAUGUAGCAUCACCUGAAAGUGGCAGUUGCAACAGGUUUGAAGUAACACUAGAGAAAUCCAAUAAGAACUUCUCCAAAAAGAUUCAACAGAUCCAUGUGGUUUCCCAGUUUAAAAUUCUGGUCAGCUUGUUAGAAAAUAACAUUUAUGUCCAUGAUCUAUUGACAUUUCAACAAAUCACUACAGUUUCAAAGGCAAAAGGAGCAUCACUCUUCACAUGUGACCUCCAGCAUACAGAGACUGGUGAGGAGGUGUUGCAAAUGUGUGUGGCUGUGAAAAAGAAGCUACAACUCUAUUUCUGGAAAGACAGAGAAUUUCAUGAAUUGCAGGGGGACUUUAGUGUACCAGAUGUGCCCAAGUCUAUGGCAUGGUGUGGAAAUUCUAUCUGUGUUGGUUUCAAGAGAGACUACUACCUAAUAAGGGUGGAUGGAAAGGGGUCCAUCAAAGAGCUCUUUCCAACAGGAAAACAGCUGGAACCCUUAGUUGCACCUCUAGCAGAUGGAAAAGUGGCAGUGGGUCAGGACGAUCUCACUGUGGUGCUCAAUGAGGAAGGAAUCUGCACACAGAAAUGCGCCCUGAACUGGACAGACAUACCCGUGGCUAUGGAGCAUCAGCCUCCUUACAUCAUUGCAGUGUUGCCUCGCUACGUGGAGAUCCGAACAUUUGAACCAAGGCUUCUGGUCCAGAGCAUUGAAUUGCAAAGGCCCCGCUUUAUUACCUCAGGAGGAUCAAACAUCAUCUAUGUGGCCAGCAAUCAUUUUGUUUGGAGACUCAUUCCUGUUCCCAUGGCAACCCAGAUCCAACAGCUUCUCCAGGACAAGCAGUUUGAAUUGGCUCUGCAGCUCGCGGUAAAUCUUGCUUCUGAGAUUGGGUUGAGUCUCCCAUCAUUGUUCUCCAAAGUGGAUGGUUUGGAUGAAAUGAAAGAUGAUUCUGACAGUGAAAAACAGCAACAGAUCCAUCACAUCAAGAACUUGUAUGCCUUUAAUCUGUUUUGCCAGAAACGUUUUGAUGAAUCCAUGCAGGUCUUCGCUAAGCUUGGCACAGAUCCUACUCACGUGAUGGGCCUGUACCCAGACCUGCUGCCUGCAGACUACAGGAAGCAGCUGCAGUAUCCUAACCCACUACCUGUGCUCUCGGGGGCUGAACUGGAGAAGGCUCACUUAGCUCUGAUUGACUACCUGACACAGAAACGAAGCCAGUUGGUAAAGAAGCUGAACGACUCUGAUCACCAGUCCAGCACCUCCCCGCUCAUGGAAGGCACCCCCACCAUCAAGUCCAAAAAGAAGCUGCUGCAAAUCAUUGACACAACGCUGCUCAAGUGCUACCUCCAUACCAAUGUGGCCCUGGUGGCCCCCUUGCUGCGCCUGGAGAAUAAUCACUGCCACAUCGAAGAGAGUGAGCAUGUGCUGAAGAAGGCUCAUAAGUACAGUGAACUGAUAAUCCUGUAUGAGAAGAAGGGGCUCCAUGAGAAAGCUCUGCAGGUGCUGGUGGACCAGUCCAAGAAAGCAAACUCUCCUCUGAAAGGCCAUGAGAGGACUGUGCAGUACCUGCAACAUCUGGGCACAGAAAACCUGCACCUGAUUUUUUCCUACUCAGUGUGGGUACUGAGAGACUUCCCAGAGGAUGGCCUGAGGAUAUUCACUGAAGAUCUCCCGGAGGUGGAGGCCCUCCCACGAGACCGCGUGCUCGGCUUCUUGGUAGAGAAUUUUAAGGGUCUCGCUAUUCCCUAUCUGGAACAUGUCAUCCACGUUUGGGAAGAGACGGGUUCUUCGUUCCACAACUGUCUGAUCCAGCUGUACUGUGAGAAGGUGCAAGGCCUCAUGAAGGAGUAUCUCCUGUCCUUCCCUGCAGGGAGAACUCCAGUCCCUGCUGGAGACGAAGAGGGUGAGCUGGGAGAGUACCGGCGGAAACUUCUUAUAUUCUUGGAAAUUUCCAGCUACUAUGAUCCAGGCCGGCUCAUCUGUGACUUUCCUUUUGAUGGCCUCUUAGAAGAACGCGCCCUCCUGCUGGGACGCAUGGGCAAGCAUGAGCAAGCGCUCUUCAUCUAUGUCCACAUCCUGAAGGACACGAGGAUGGCUGAGGAGUACUGCCACAAGCAUUACGACCAAAACAAAGAUGGCAACAAAGAUGUGUAUCUGUCUCUGCUGCGGAUGUACUUGUCGCCCCCCAGCGUUCACUGCCUGGGGCCAAUCAAGCUAGAACUGCUGGAGCCGCAGGCCAACCUCCAGGCCGCCCUGCAGGUCCUCGAGCUGCACCACAGCAAACUGGACACCACCAAGGCCAUCAACCUUCUGCCAGCAAACACUCAGAUUAAUGAAAUACGCAUCUUUCUGGAAAAGGUUUUGGAAGAAAAUGCACAGAAGAAACGGUUCAAUCAAGUACUCAAGAACCUUCUCCAUGCAGAGUUCCUCCGGGUCCAGGAAGAGCGGAUCUUACACCAGCAGGUGAAGUGCAUCAUCACGGAGGAGAAGGUGUGCAUGGUGUGCAAGAAGAAGAUCGGAAACAGUGCAUUUGCAAGAUAUCCCAAUGGAGUGGUGGUACACUACUUCUGUUCCAAAGAGGUAAAUCCGGCUGACACCUGAGCCCAGCGUGCCAAGGAUUCAGCAGAUGGACAGCUCGGCGAUCCCAGAGCAGAAGGGGCACCGGCCUCAGGACUUGGGAGCUGCUGCUACCACCAGGUGUCUCCCCACUCGAACACUACUGGCUCCCUGUGCCCUGGAGUAUCUCUGAAUUCACAGACUCACGGUCUGGUGUCGUCAGCUUUUUCAUAGGAAAAGAGAUUAGCUAUACUUAUAUACCAUUAUGCUGCAGUCAGUUCCGAGAAUUUAAAACCUGCUUGGACAGCAGGUAUGGAAAGCCACCGUCUUGCCUUUGCUCACCUGAAUAAGGAAACGCUCAAGUAUGUGUGACCAGAGGGUGGUUUGCUUGAGAAUUUUCUGUCAAGACCCAUGAGGGACUUCACAGGGAGUCCUCCUUGCAGCUGACUGGACUUGUGUGAAGACAGCCACUCUCGAGCUCCAUAGUUGCCAAGGACAAGCAGCUCAUCCGCUAGGUGCUCAGAGUCAUUUGUCCGCAGCAGCUGGGGCCUGUGUCUCCCCAGUGUCUCCCUGCUGAUCUGUUUUUUAGUCUCUCUUUUUUUCUUACUAUUUAUUUUCUUUCUCUUCUUACUACUCUACCCAGGCUUUCUCUCCCACUUCACUGACAUUGGGAAUAAUUAAUAUAAAACAAAGUGAAAUGAGAAGCAAGCGGAAGUCUCCGUCUCUAGGACUACAGUGAUAAUUGAUGACCUGGUCUGUUGUAGAUAAGUCCUCUUUGGACUGCAUGCCUCACACCUAGAGCCCUAGGAGAGUGGCACCCUUAGUCCCCUGGGGCUGAGUAUGAGGGGAGCUAUAAGGGCAGAUGCACCAUACUGGCUGUGGGACCUCAGAGGCAGACAUCCUUCUCCCAUUUCACCUCAGCCGCCCAGGGCAGCUGGGGCUAGUCUGUCAGUGGAGUGCUUAGUGCUCUGGGCGCCUUUUUCCUUCCAGCCAGCACCUUCCACUUAACUUACAGCUUGGCCUGGCUGUCAUUCUCCAGCCUUGUUUUGUGGAGCUUGAGAAACUUGGGGUGGGGUAGUGUAAGUAGGCAGGUCUCUGCUGCAAAGCGGGAGCUGAUGUGUCAGGUGUGCUUGUGAGCUGCUGGGGGCAUGUGGGAGACACAGGAGGCAGGAGGAGCAGCAGCCCAUGGGUGAAUGAAAUAAUGCUGCCAGAUGUGUUGAGUGUGUGCGCGUGUGUGUGCGCACCCUACGUGCAGCCUGCUGCCCACAGGAUCCCCGAGAGGCACUGGGAGAGUGUGUUCCAAUACAGCCCAAGGGACAGGGCGAGAGCAGCCUGUGUCCUGUCCUCCCCGGGGUUUUGCAGACUCACAGCCUUGUCCCUGUGUCUGUAACAGUAGUGAGGUUGGGUGACUGACAGGCUGUGACACUGUCAGGGGCCUGUCUGUGGCAUGCUGUGGACCUCUUUAAAUCGCAGACCGUGCUAUGUGGGGGCCUGUCUGGUAGAGUGGCUUGCUGGUGUACAUAGACUGGGCUCCUCCCAGGCACAUGGGCUCAAGGGACAGACUAAAUGCCAGCAGCAUCCACACAGAGGGUGUGCUCCGCCCAGGUUUGGGAGGCCAAGUAUCCCUCACCAGAGCCUCAGCGGCCACAGCUGCCCCCAAGAAACAGCGCUGCGUUUGACCUGGUGUGCGUGGGCUGGGGCCGAGCUUCCUUGGACAGCAGUAGAACCCUCAGGCCGGCCCUCCGCUGCACAGCAGAACUUCUCCCCACGCGCAAGCCCUGCCUCCCUGGCCCGCUGUUUGUAUAUGCCACUCCUCCCUGGGCAGUAGUUUGAAGCAGUAGAAUACAGAAUGUGUGCUUUCUGGGAUGUAUAUGUGGAAUGCAUAACAACGUAACGUGAAACUGGAAUAGAUACACAUAACCCAGUUUUCCAGCGCUCCUUCCCUAGAGGCUUCUUGCCCUCUGCAGAGGUACGGCUAAGGCAGGAGAUGAAAAGCUGUUAUGAGGAUAAGUGGCGGUCUCUCUAAUAAACAAAGUCAAUUUGA